CGUCUUACCUUAUGUCGGUUGGUACCUAGCUAAAGCAUAUUCUAUCUCAAGCCGGAACGAUGUAUGGGGUCUCAAUUUCCGCAACUGCUCAUGGUACUAUACGUGGGCCCUUGCAUUGAGCCUUUGCGCCCAAACAAAGAACUGGAAGACAUGGCUUGCGAGUGCCCUCUGCAGGAUGUGGUUGAAACGCUCUUGCAACCAAACUUAGAUAUAUCGAGCAAGGAGUUUGCCGGUAAACGUGUCCUUUUGCGGGUGGAUUUUAAUGUUCCAAUAGACGAGGCGACUGGCAGGGUGACAGACGCCUCUCGAAUCAACGCUGUGCUACCUACGAUUAAGCUUCUACUUUCCAAAAAUGCACGUGUUAUACUUGCAAGCCACUUUGGCCGUCCAGAGCCAAAAAAGCAAACAUGCUCGGACAUGCAAGCCUUGUACAGCCUCUCGCCCGUGUCAAGGUGGCUGGAGCAGGAGCUUGGCACAAGUGUGUUCCGCGGCCUUGCCGAGGACUGCAUAGGUGUCGAGGCGGAGUCUGCCGUUGCCGCGCUCCAGGACGGACAGGUCCUACUGCUGGAGAACACGCGCUUCCACUCGGGCGACGGCAGCAACUGCCCCGCCUUCUCCGCCUCGCUGGCGGCGCUGUGUGACGUGUUUGUGAACGACGCAUUCGGAGUGGUGCACCGAGACCAGGGCAGCGUCACGGUGGGGGGGAGAGGUGGCUGGGGGCUGGUAGGGUGUGGAGCAGGCAGCACCCUACCUAGCUGCCCCAUGCUGCUGCCCUGUGUCCUAAAACCAGCAAGGGGGACCAUCCGCUGCCAAGACACAUCAGCUACCCGCGUCCGCCUUCGACCUCCCCGUCCGCCAUGCACCUUCGCUGCCAUUCCCUCCCUUCUUCUGCAGCCUUGCUACGCGCUGCGUCCCUCCAUCGGCAACCUUCUCCCUUUCUCCUCCUUAUCAUCCUCCCUGCAUGGUGCCCGUUUCCCCACCGCCCCCCCAUGUGUCGGGCUUGGUGGGAUCGCGGGUUGGUUUGCUGAGCCAUCAUGCCAAUCUCCCCCCCUCCUCCGCUGCCCCCAGGGUGUCACUCGCUUCGUGCCCCAGUGCUACCCCGGCCCGCUGGUUCGCCGGGAGCUAUCCCAGCUGGCGGACCGGCUGUACGAGCCAGAGAGGCCACUAGGCGUGGUGCUGGGCGGGGCCAAGGUGGCGGAUAAGAUUGGCGUGCUGGCCGCCCUGAUCGAGCAGGCGGAUGUGGUGCUGGUGGGCGGCCGCAUGGCCUUCACGCUGCUGGCGGCGAGGGGAGUGGCGGUGGGGGCAACGCAGAUCGAGGAAAACUGGCUGGAGCCCUGCCGCCGCAUGAUGGCCCGGGCGGCCGCUCGCGGCACCCGGCUGCUGCUGCCCAGCGAUGUGCUGUGGAGCGCCAGUUUGGCGGGGCCGGGGCCGGAGGGGGGCGUGCAGCAGCUCACCCCCACCUGCUGCACCGCGGACAGCCCCUGCAUCCCCGCGGGUCGCUACGGGGUGGACAUAGGGCCCGACACGGCCGCGGCCUUCCGGGAGGCCCUGCUGGGCUGCCGUACCAUCUUCUGGAACGGCCCCAUGGGCAAGUUCGAGGUCCCCGAGUUCGGCGCGGGGACGCUGGCGGUGGCUCGAGCCAUGGACGAGGCGUCGCGCCGGGGCGCCAUCACCAUUAUCGGAGGAGGCGACUCUGUGGCCGCCGUGACGGCUGCGGGUCUGGCCGGCAACAUCAAGCACAUCUCCACCGGCGGCGGCGCCUCCCUGGAGCUGAUCGAGGGAACCGGCAUGCCGGGGCUGCGGGCGCUGGUGAAGGGCCCCUGCUGCCAGCGGAGGAGCCCCAGAGCGACGCAGCAGCAGGGGGUGGAUAGCGGCUGCUGCAAGGGCUGUGCUGGUGGUGGUUGCUGCUCGUGAGGGCACAUGAAUGAUGUGGAGCAGGGAGCAGGGAGACGAGGGAACUAGGGUGCUGGGUAGGGUAGGGUAGGGGUGUGCGGCGGGUGUGGUUGCGGAUGACUGGGUUGGGGGCAGCAAGGCGCGCAUGUGCACUAAGGUGGGGCAUGUGCACUAGGGUCCGACGAUAUACUCGGACGAAGCGCAGCCGCCACCCAGGUAUCGCUACGCUGGCCCGAACUGCUGAUCUAAGUACUGUGUUCCUCAUAUAGUGUCACAAUGUCGCCCUUUCCCGAAGUCAGGGAGCAUGGCGAAAGUCGUUGACAGAGCUGCCCUUCAAUUAAACGCCUUUGCGACAAAUGCACCGUUCUACCUAAAAU